CAGAAAAGUAGUUAGCAUAUUCAGACUUACUGAGGCAAUUGGAGUAAACUGUAUCGAUUGCUGGGAAAUUGUAAGAGGGAGUGCUUCAAAAAUCAUACGCCUCCAAAAUUUGCACAAAUUACGUCGUACAUUGAAAUUGUUUCUUUUGGAGGUGGAAGAAACAAAUCGGACGUUGCUGCGACCUUCACAUCUGAUCAGUGGUAUUGUUUACUAAUAUUUAGGUGUUUCAUUCAUCAGAAUGUGGUAAUUUUUCUGAAAAGUUCAAUUAUUUGCCAUGUUUACUUGGUGGUACAAACUGCAAAUGUAGAACGAUGACGAGAGUAUUGUGUUCAGUAUCAAUCUGAAUGAAAAGAAAAUUCAUAUUGGCUUCAGUUUGAACCCGCUUUUGGAAAUUCAUUCCAGUUCCUUCCAUGAAAAAAGUUGCAUUAGUAACAGUUUCAGGUCUCCCUGGGAGUGGAAAGAGUACUUUAUGUGAACGUUUGUGCCGGUUGAGAACCAAUGACUGUUUCAUUGUUUGGAUAGAGUACGAUCGACUUAUUCCAAUACAAAUAUUCUCUGAGAGCUGUGAUAAUAAUGAAUGGAAAAACUGGCGUCAAGCUAUUCUUGGUUGCUCAGAGAAACUGUUAGCUUCUUGGAAAAGUAUUGAUUUUGUCCGAGUUUUGAAUGAAGAUGAAAAAGCUAUUUGGUUGAAUAUGAGUACAUAUUGCUCUUUGAAUACGCAGAACAUCAUAGUCUUACUGGACGAUAACUUUUACUACUCCAGUAUGCGUCGUCCAUUUUAUAGUCUAGCGAAGAAGUAUUCAUGUAGUUAUGUAUCAUUGGUUUGCAGUUGUGAGGUGGAUGUCUGUAUUCUUAGGAAUCGUAGCAGGUCAAGUCCUGUUCGUGAAGAUAUCAUUCAAAAGAUGGCGGAGAAGUUUGAAUGGCCUGAUCCAGUUAACAAUUCAUGGGAAAAACAUAGAUUUCUGGUCAACUCAUGCACUGAUGAUACGAAUUAUCCAGCUAGUUUACUGAAUUCCUUGAAAUUAGCACUGAAUUACCCGGUUAUUAAUGACGAUUUUAUGAAGGAUGAAGAGAGGCAUAAAAACAGAAUUAUAAACCUUGAAAAUUUACAUCAUAAUGCUGACAAUCACCUGAGAAAAGUUGCGAAUCAAAUGAUCAAAUCGAACGAUUCCUCACGUAGAGCUGUGUUUGCGAAGAUGAUAUUGGAUGUUAAGGCGGAAACGCUGCAAGUACUUCAUGAAGUCCUAUCGAAGGGAAAUCCUACCUGGACGGUUGAAAGUUUUCAACAAUUUGCGGAAAGCUUGUUUCAGGAAAAGCUUUCUGAAGCUUUUAAUAAUGGAAUACAAGCCGAUUAAAAAUGAAUUUUGUUUUCCCAAUUCGAUGUCAUGGAACAAUAAACGUGUAAAAUUUAAACGUAUUUAAAAUGCCCGUCAUUUGGAUCUACUUUUGUCGCAGUUAUUUAACGGGUCCAUUAAGA